CAUCCUCACAAAAAUAAAUAAUAUUCUUUGUUUACUUCUCAUCAUAAUUCUCCAUCCUAAAGUUUAAACAAUGGGGUAUUUCUUCAUCUUUUUAUUCCUCUUCCCUUCUCUUUAUUUCCUAUUCCAUUUUCUUAAAUGGGCACAUAUAAAAAGACACCAAGAUUGUUACAUUCUUGGUUAUGAGUGCUUCAAACCUACCGAUGAUCGGAAGGUUAGUACAUUUUUUUCCGGAGAAAUCUUAAUCAGAAACAAAAAUUUAGGCCUUAAUGAGUAUAAAUUCCUCCUUAAAGCCGCGGUUAGCUCCGGCAUUGGGGAGCAAACCUACGCCCCUAGGAACAUCCUUAUGGGUCGUGAAGAAAAACCGACACUUGUCGAUAGUCUCGACGAAAUGGAUGAAUUUUUUAAAAAGAGUAUCGAGAAAGUCCUCUCAAAAUCCAGAGUGUCGCCCCAAGAUAUCGACAUUUUAGUCGUUAAUGUGUCGAUGUUUGCGUCCGUACCAUCUUUGGCUUCAAGAAUAGUGAAUUUUUAUAAGAUGAGGGAUGAUAUUAAGGUUUAUAAUCUUAGUGGUAUGGGAUGUAGUGCAAGCUUAAUUUCUUUAAGUAUUGUACAAAGUAUUUUUAAGUAUGAAUAUGAACGUUACGCUUUAAUUGUAACAUCCGAAUCAUUAAGCCCGAAUUGGUAUACGGGUAAUGACCGAUCCAUGAUAUUAUCUAAUUGUCUUUUUAGGUCGGGUGGUUGUGCAAUCCUUUUGACCAACAAGUGGGGUUUAAGGAAAAAGGCUAUGUUGAAGCUCAAGUGUCUUGUACGAAUACAUCAUGGGGCCGUGGAUGAUUCAUACAAUUGUUGCAUGCAAAUGGAAGAUUCAUUAGGGAGGCUAGGUUUUCACCUUAGCAAAACCCUACCAAAAUCGGCGGCUCGAUGUUUGGUGGAUAAUCUUAAGGUAUUAGCUCCUAAGAUUUUACCAAUACGAGAAGUACUACGAUUUGUCGUAGCUGUUAUGAUCCGAAGAUUUACAAAAUCUAGAUUAAACAAGCAAACUGGUGUAGGUACAAGUGAAAAGAGUAACAAACCGAUUAUUAAUUUUAAAACUGGCGUAAAUCAUUUUUGUUUACAUACUGGAGGAAAGGCGGUUAUAGAUGGUCUAGGAGAAAAUCUUAAACUAGGAGAGUAUGAUCUCGAACCAGCAAGGAUGACCCUACAUAGGUUUGGGAAUACGUCCGCGAGUAGCUUGUGGUAUGUUUUGGGUUAUAUGGAGGCUAAGAAGAGGCUUAAGAGAGGGGAUAGAGUGUUGAUGAUAAGCUUUGGUGCAGGGUUUAAGUGUAAUAGUUGUAUGUGGGAGGUUGUAAGGGAUUUGGAUGGUUGUGAUAAUGUUUGGAAUGAUUGUAUUGAAAGUUACCCUCCUAAGAGCUUGGCUAAUCCCUACAUGGAGAAAUUUGGUUGGGUCCAAGAUGAAGAUGUUACUACCUUUCAAAUGCCGGAAAAUGAUGAGGAUCGAUUGAAUUAUUACAAAGAAAGAAUGAAUUCUUGAAUUAUUAUACAUAUAUACAUAAUUACCAAGGUUAUAUACUACUUUAUUUGUCCCUCUCAAUUUGUAUUUUGUAACUCUUUCAAUUUUAGUUUGUCUUAUUAAUUUUGCACUAUUUUUUUUACAA